AUGUUAAACAAGAUGACCUCCUCUCAGCAGCAGCAGACGAUGCGAGGUCCUAGGUGGAACCGGGCCUUGACCGACCCUUUGUUCGUGCUGCUCUUGGCCCUCCAGCUGCUGGUGGUGGCAGGGCUGGUGCGCGCUCAGACCUGCCCCUCUGUCUGCUCUUGUAGUAAUCAGUUCAGCAAAGUCAUCUGCACUCGUCGGGGCCUGAGGGAAGUCCCCGAUGGCAUCUCCACCAACACGCGCUACCUGAAUCUGCAAGAAAAUCUCAUUCAGGUCAUAAAGGUGGACAGCUUCAAGCACCUCAGACAUCUGGAGAUCCUACAGCUAAGCAAAAACCACAUACGGAAAAUUGAGCUGGGGGCUUUCAAUGGACUGGCCAAUCUCAACACCUUGGAGCUCUUUGAUAACCGCCUCACUACUAUCCCAAACGGGGCGUUCGAGUAUCUGUCCAAGCUGAAGGAGCUUUGGCUGAGGAAUAACCCCAUUGAGAGUAUCCCCUCCUAUGCUUUCAACCGUGUGCCCUCACUGCGGCGCCUGGACCUUGGGGAGCUCAAACGGCUCUCCUACAUAUCCGAGGGGGCCUUUGAAGGGCUAAGCAAUCUGAGAUACCUAAAUCUGGGAAUGUGCAAUUUAAAGGAAAUUCCCAACCUUAUUCCCCUUGUAAAGUUGGAUGAACUGGAGAUGUCCGGGAACCAGCUGUCCAUCGUCCGGCCUGGCUCUUUUAAAGGGCUCAUACAUUUGCAGAAACUUUGGAUGAUGCAUGCCCAGAUCCAGACCAUUGAGCGUAACUCUUUUGACGACCUGCAGUCACUGGUGGAGCUAAAUCUGGCCCACAAUAAUCUUACUCUUUUGCCUCAUGACCUGUUCACCCCUUUGCAUCGCUUGGAGAGGGUUCACUUACAUCACAACCCUUGGAAUUGUAACUGUGACAUUUUAUGGUUAAGCUGGUGGCUAAAGGAGAUGGUACCGGCUAACACAAGCUGCUGUGCAAGGUGCAGUUCACCCACACACCACAAGGGACGCUACAUCGGCGAACUGGACCAGAACUACUUUCACUGUUAUGCUCCUGUUAUUGUGGAGCCCCCUGCGGACCUGAACGUGACCGAGGGCAGCGCUGCGGAGCUGAAAUGCAGAGCCAGUUCUUUGACCUCUGUCAGUUGGAUUACGCCGAACGGUUCGAUCAUGACACACGGAGCAUAUAAAGUCAGGAUAUCAGUGCUAAAUGACGGGACGCUGAACUUUACCAACGUCACCAUGCAAGACACUGGAACUUACACUUGUAUGGUGAGCAAUUCGGCUGGCAACACAACCGCGUCCGCAACUCUUAACGUUUCUUCGACGGAGAACAGCAGCUUCAGCUAUUUCACCACAGUGACAGUGGAGACUAUCGAAUCGCCGCACCAGGAAGGAGUGACUACAACUGUGCAUCAAAGAGUCGGCCCCACCGCAUCCGCCGGUAUGUGGGAAACAGUGUCCCCAACUUCAACCACGACGACUACAGUUCGAACGCCAAUGUCAACACGCGCUACCGAGAGAACCUACACUAUCCCUGUCACGGAUAUUGACGGUACCCUGAACGGUCUGGAUGAGGUGAUGAAGACAACCAAGAUCAUCAUCGGUUGCUUCGUGGCGAUUACGCUCAUGGCUGCCGUCAUGCUGAUCAUCUUCUACAAAAUGAGGAAGCAGCACCACCACCAGAACCACCACGCCCCGACGCGCACCAUCGAGAUUAUAAACGUGGACGAGGACUGCGUGACAGGGGGGCCCGGCAUGGAGGGUCACCUGACUUUGCCCCCUCUGGAACACGAGCAUCUAAAUCAUUACAAUACGUACAAGACUGCGUACAACCACGCCACCAUCAACUCUAUACACAGUUCUGCUCAUGAACCUUUGCUAAUCCGAGCCAGUUCAAAAGACAAUGUUCAAGAGACCCAGAUCUGA